CGAUUGUGCCCCUGCCGCGUCGACUCAUUUUCAUCAAUACACUUUUAACUCAUAUAAAAUGUCUGAACAUAGAAAUAGAUUUGUUUUCUUUGGUCCUCCAGGUUCAGGAAAGGGUACUCAAGCUAUUCAAUUAUCCAAGGAAUAUGAAGCUUGCCAUUUGUCUACAGGUGAUAUGUUGAGAGAUGCCGUAAGAAACCAAACAGAAAUGGGUUUGAAGGCUAAAGCUAAGAUUGAUGCUGGUGAACUUGUCAGUGAUGAUAUUGUCAUUGGUAUCAUUAGGGAUAGUAUUGGUUCUCCUGCUUGUAGAUAUGGUUUCAUUCUCGAUGGUUUCCCACGUACAGUACCACAAGCUGAAGCUUUGGAUCAAAUGUUGAGUGAUAGAAAUACUUCUGUAGAACAUGUUCUCAAUUUAGGAGUCUCUGAUGAAGUUGUUGUUAAACGAGUUAGUGGAAGAUUGACUCACCUUACAUCUGGUCGUACAUAUAACAAAUUCUUUAAACCACCAAAAGUCGAUGGUUUGGAUGACGUAACUGGAGAACCACUCACUCAAAGACCUGAUGACAAUGAAAAUAUUAUUAGAAAUCGUUUGAAGACUUAUCACGGAUACGCUGAUAAGGUUCUCGGAUAUUAUAAUCAAAAGGGUUUGGUGAGAAACAUUAAUGGUGAACAACCAAUUUCUGUUGUCAAUGAACAAAUCAGAUCCUUCUUUAAGAAAUAAGCUAAGCAAAAAAUUAAAUUAUUAAAUUAUUAAAAUUCUAAAAA